AUGAGUAAGAAUAGCAGCAGUAAAAGGGAACGAUCAAAUACGAGGACGUUGGGUAUGGGAAACAGUAAUGAUGAAACGGUGAUGCUUAAUAGCGCUGCAGGUGGUAUAGAUUUAUUGAAUAAUGCUUUGUAUGGCUCUGUUGCUACUCCCCCUACAGCAGCAGUUAGCACUUCUUCAUUAUUCUGUAAUGCGAUCGGUGAAACUGAAGAAAGAACUCGAGCUGCUGCAGCUAAAGCUGCACUUGUAGUACAUUCUUCUCCAACCGACAAAAAAAUGUUGUUUGGUCAUCAGGAUGAAUUGAAUAGCAGCAACAGUAGUAGCAGUCGAAAACAGUCAAUCAUAACUGCAACAAGUUCGAUGAUCGUUGACGAUUUGGCAUGCGGUGAAAUAUUCUCACGAUGUGGUCGUACAGAGGGUGCUAGUCGAUUUGCUAAUGAGACGAACCCGUCACCUAUUUUCACACCUACUUCAUCCUCUUUAACAACAACAGCAAAUUUAGGCCAAAUGUUAUCUUCAUCAGCCAAAGCAUCCUUCCACAACCAACAAGCUGAUAAUACCGCUUUAUCAAUACCAUCAUCUUCUUAUCAACAGCAGUCUUAUCAAAGGCUUAUCACUACAGCUACCGCAGCAGCAGCCGCUGCAGCUGCAGAUAUCAACAGUAAAAUUAGUGCAACAUUUGCAAGUGACGUAGCAAAUAAUUGGUGUGAUUUCACUACGAGCAGGCCUAAUAUUAAUUCUUGUAACACAACAACCCAUGACGAAAUGUCUUCUACCCAUGACGAAGUUAAUAAUAAUAAUGGCGAUUUCGAUAUGGAAAUUGAUAACGAUACCAAUGAGAUUGAUCAUGAUAAUGAAGAACCAAUUUGUUUAGUGGUUCGUAAAAAGUCUGACUGUGCUACGACUGUACCUUCCGUUACUGUUUCGAUCACGUCCUCUUUAUAA